CAUUUGAAGUUUUUCGAGUUUCCGUUUCAAAAAUUCCGUAACCGACUUUGUCGGUUACCAAAUAUUUUUUAACACCUAUUGACGUAUUUAAAAAGUGUGAGGACUGCAUGGCUAAAUUUCGGGGAGUAUCGUCUGACCGGUCCUGUAUUCCUGGGAGCGUGUAAUUAUAAACCGCAGUCAAAGCAAUCAUGUCGUCGGUUAUCCCUUCCUUAACAAUUUUUCUGUUCGAGGGAGCAGAAUUCUCAUCCGAGGAUAUUAGUAAUCCUUUUUGUGAUUUUGCGCUUGGAAGCGAAGAGCACCGAACAAGUGCCGGGAGGAUGUUGAAUAUGGGAUAUCCCGUAUGGAUGGAGGAAUUCGAUUUGUUUUUGCACGACGCCAGCUGGAAAAAUUUACAAAUUUCUGUUUGGAGUUCUCAUAUUGCAGGCGCCAAGCGUGCAGUCCUCGGAACCGCACAAAUAUCUAUCGCCCAUCUACAAGUGGGCAAACCGGAAGAUAUUUGGUUGGACAUGGAAAACGAUGGGGAAUUGUGUGGAUGUCUACAUGUUUCUGUGCUGAUUGGCAAGCGCUGCCUGACCGUCGACCGGCUGGGCGAUCCCAUCAUCGGCCAGCGUCGGUUAAGCUUUCUGGAGAAAUUCCACAUCCGCAACACUAUGACAUUAUCACGAAAUGACAAUGUUGGUGUGUUGAUUAUAAAAGUAUUCAAAGCGACUGGACUCAGUGAGGACAUUCAGAAAAACAAACAGGGCGUCUUCUGCAGUGUGCGAAUCAUGGACACUCACCUAGAAACGCCGGUUAGCGUGUUGUCAUUGGAACCGGAAUGGAACUGUGUCUUCACCUUCCCGGUGAUGGAUGUGCAUUCCUUUCUGGACGUUUCCAUAUUGCGCGUAAACGGUAAAGGACGGCGGCAGUGGAAUUUACUGGGGAAGACGUUUAUGCGACUGACGGAUAUUGAGAAUGGGCGCGCGAAAUGGCACAUAUUGAAGGAUUUAAGUGAAAAUGUGAAGGAUCGAGGCGCCGUCUUUUUGGAAAUGGAACUGAUUUACAAUCCGGUCAAAGCUGGACUGCGAACACUGCGGCCACGAGAAACCUGGACAGAAGAACCGGUAUCUGCAUUAUCAGGAAAAGCUUUCGCCACUAAUAUUCAUCGAGCUAAAACUGCCGUUGCCCCAUUUACUGACUUUAUGCUCUUCGUGCGGAAAUUGCUGGACUGGGAAUCACCACCGCUGACCAUGGCGGCCUUUAUUCUGUACAUGACCUUUGUAUGGUACUGCGAAUUAUGGAUGAUUCCCUUUGGAUUUCUCGUCUGUAUUUUGGCGAAUCAGCGCGUAAAUAACAAGCGACCAAUUUCUCCACUGAUUGUUAAUCCUAACAUCGAAGAUCGGGAAGGUGACAAAGAGGAUCAGAUUGAGGAAAGGUUGCGUAAUGGCGCGGAACCGGAUGCCGGUUUUUUCCAUAAAGUUUUUGUGGAAAUUCCAGACGGUGUGCUGGCGGUUCAGAACGGUUUACAAUUUACGAUGGAUCUCUACGAACGGGCGUGCAACAUCCUGCUUUUCAAUGAACAGUGGCUUUCAUCCUUUUCCUGUGUACUGCUCUUUCUCGGAACAGUUGUCCUAUACUUUGUUCCUCUUCGCACGAUUUUUCUCGUUUAUGGUCUGCAUAAGUUUACCAAAAAGUUACGGAAACCGUUCACCAUUGGUCACAAUGACCUGUUAUCCGUGUUGUCGCGGGCUCGUACAAAUGCGGAAUUGAAGACACUGGCUGAUCUGGAAACGGUUUCACAUGUACGCAAUGUGACUGACGCUGCCAGCUAUGCGGGAACCGGAAGUGAUGAGGAGAGUGCGUCAAGUAGUACUGCGGCAAAGACAACCAGCAGGCCCGGUGCUUCGGCUCACAAUAUUGUCGGUGUCAACAAAAUCUUGAAAUUCUGAAAUGAUACGAUGAUGAUCAGAGCUAGAACUGUCUAUCUGUAGAAUACAUUUUAGUUCGCAAUUUUUAUACAUUGUCGAAAGUCGACCAGGCAGAUUUUCUGUGAUAAUUAAAUGUAGUUUAUGGAUGCAGCCUAUCUUCACACGUUGUUAGCGAUGUUUUGACAAAAAAUAAAUUACUUUUUCUUGGAUGAAGGAAAUUACUUACGGUAAUAAACUACAAGAGU